CUACGUGGCAUUACCUAACCCAUUGAAACGCAUGCGCACCCGCUCCUUAUCACUCUCCCACAUCCCCUUCGUAAUGAAAAAAAAAGAAAAGAAAGAAAAAGCAUCUAUUCCAUUUAACAAAUACAAAUAACCAGAGCCGAGAGAGAGAAAGAUAUGAGUUCAAUGGCCUCCCUUGCCUCACAGAUAUGCUCAGACAUAUCCUGUAUCUUCUCAAAACCCACCCAUCCCCACCCACCCCCGUUGGACCUCUUGCUGACGGAGCUCACCACCACAUCGGCCCAAAACGGGCGGGUCUUCCUCUACGGAGUGGGCCGAGAGGGCCUGAUGCUCAAGGCCCUCUGCAUGCGCCUCGCCCACUUGGGCCUCUCUGCCCACUUCGUCUUCGACAUGACCACUCCCCCAAUCGCCACCAACGACCUCCUCAUCGCCUCCGCUGGCCCCGGCGGAUUCUCCACCGUCGAUGCCAUAUGCAACGUGGCACGAUCCCACGGUGGUAGAGUUCUGUUGCUAACGGCUCAGCCGGAGACCGGUUCGUGCGUCAAGCAUGCGAGUGUGAUCUGUUACGUGCCGGCGCAAACCAUGGCGGAUGAUGCGGUUGAGGGCGGCGCGGUGAAAUCUCGGCCGGUGCUUCCGAUGGGGAGUUUGUACGAGGGGGCUUUGUUUGUACUGUUUGAGAUGGUUGUGUAUAAAUUGGGCGAGGUAUUGGGUGAGAGCCCUGAAGCCGUCCGAUCACGCCACACUAAUCUCGAAUGAGAUUGGUUUUUUAAUGUUUGUAAUAAUAAAUAAUUGUUACAAGGCUUUUGUAAGAAUAAAAUAAUGUUGGCUUUUUCUU